AUGUCCCAUUAUACUUCUGCUUGCGAAGGUGUGGCAAACAAAAUCAUUGCUGCCACUGAGAUCAGCGGUGAUGGGAAGAAACCGACUUUUGUAGACGAUUUGACUUGGUCCAAACCUUUGAAAGCGAACAUGAAGUCAUUAGCACCUGAUAAUGUUGGGUUGGCCGAUGCAUGGAUGGUCGCGGCGGUUUUGAAUAACAAGCGUUCUGCGAACGAGCGCGGUUCCAUCUGGAAGCACGACUUUGAUAUGAACGGGUGCCCGAAGCAGGGCAGAAUCCCCCGUGGCGGCCCGGUUAUUGCUGAGCAUCAUUACUCUCUGGCAACUAAAGAGAUUUGGACUGGGCUCUUUCUGCUGGCUUCGACAGCUUUUACCUCCGUGAAUCCUAAAUGGCAAGCGGAUUUACUUGUUGACCUAACUUCUUAUCCUAACGGAGGUCGUAUCUCAUUUAAACAGUUCGAUACGGAUCUUUUGAGGAAGGAUAUCAUCUGCUUGCAGGAAGAUACUUCGUUUGCGUCUUUCGCCGAGGAUCUUCGUUCCGACAAAUCACCUGAGCCGCAUGAAUCAGCGCCUAUGACUUCGUCGGUCAUGACUCCUUUGACUACUUCAUCUGCUAUGGAUGCAAUUCAGAACCUUUUUCAAGGGCCCGUGAAAGUCGAAGAGCUUACCGUUUCGAAUCAUAAGCUUACUGAAGCCAACAAGUCGCUUCCCGCGGCCAAUCCUGAGUUUUACAGAUCCAAUAAUGAGCUUUCCUUUACUGUGGCCACUUUGACUGCUUCGAAUACGGAGCUUACCUCCACCAUCGCCACUUUGUCAAAGGAAAAGGGACCCCUGAUGGCGACGAUUAAUAGCUCGAAUAUGGAUUUGGCGAAGCAGAAACAGGUUUCGGCGAAAUUUGCUAGCGAUCUGGUAACAUUGAACAAAGAAAACAAUGGUCUGCAGGAAAGGCUCAAAGAGCAUUCAGAGAGACUCGAUGACGAUGAUUUCUCAUGGGACCGUACCUACGACGACGAUGACAACGAUGCUUGUUUUACCAAGUGA